AGGAACUGGAGGAGGAAGAGAGACCGUUGGACUCAGGGGCAACGCGCUCGAGCGAAAGGAACGGACAGCACAAGAAUGGCAACGAUCUUCUACGACUUCACGGCCAAACUCCUGAAGGGAGAAACCUUCAAUUUCUCUUCUCUGCGGGGCAAAGUGGUCCUCGUUGAGAAUGUGGCGUCUCUCUGAGGCACGACCACCAGGGAUUACACCCAGAUGAACGAGCUCCACCAGCGGUACGCCAGCAAGGGGCUUGUGAUCCUGGGAGUGCCCUGCAACCAGUUCGGCCAUCAGGAGAACUCCAAGAACGAAGAAAUCCUUCUGUCUCUGAAGUAUGUCCGCCCUGGAAAUGGCUUUGAGCCAACGUUUCAGCUCCUGGAGAAAGUGGAAGUGAAUGGGAAGGAUGCUCACCCUCUGUUCGAGUUCCUGAGGGAAACUCUCCCCUCCCCCAGCGAUGACCCCGCUGCCCUGAUGACUGACCCAAAGCUAAUCACCUGGAGCCCGGUCUGCAGGAACGACGUGGCCUGGAACUUUGAGAAGUUCCUCAUCGGGCCCGACGGGGUGCCGUUCAAGCGUUACAGCAGGAGGUUCCUCACCAGCGACAUCGAGGAGGACAUCAAGAAACUCCUCAGCCUUGUGCACUAAUGAACCAUCCACAGAAAUGUUGUCGAGCCAUCCCACAGCUUCCAUUUGCACCAGCCACUCUGCACUUAGCCAGCUAAGUGCUAAUCAUUUUCCCCUCCAUAGUGUCUGUAGAUGGUUUGACACUUUUCCACUUGACUGCCUGUGCUCUCUUGUACACGAUGACAGUGUUUUGCGUUUUUACUAUAUGAAGACAUCCUCUGAAACCAGCCUAAAUGUGAGGGAGGUGUCUGAUGAAUUGUAAAACGCUGAACGUCUCUGCUUCAUUGAGUGCAUGUACAACACUGCUGUGGUUUUAAGUGUCAAAAGGAGCAAUAAAUGUUUCUUUUAUUUUCAAA